UGUGAACUCGACCGAGAAAUGGAAAAAAAGUGCCGGAUUCAUAAUUAUAAAACCGUGAAACCGUUGCUUGAUUAUUUCAGGCAGGUUCGAAAUGAGUUAGAAGACAAAGAAAUUAAGGAAAAUAAGUUAAAUGAAUUAAAUUCUGAUCUUAUGGAAAAGUAUCAUGACAUUGUAAGAAUUCAUAAAACAUUCAUGAAGGAGGCAGCUCUAUUAGAUGAAUAUAAAAACAAAGUACUUAAAGGGGAAAACGAUUUGCAAUCGUAUCAAAUUAAAGUUAAUAAAUUGGAAUCUGAGAUUAAUUCACAACAAAAUAUUAUUGUGAAAUUAAAAGGAGAAUUAGCUGAAAAAUCCGCCAACUUAGAAAAUUGCGAACUUCAAUUCAAAAAUCUGAAUUCUAGCCUAAUUGAAAAAGAUGAAAAUAUUAAGAGAUUUAGGGAGAAUAUUCAAAAAAAUACUGAACAUCAGAAAACACUUGAGUUGAAAUUAGAGAAGAGUAAAACUAAAUUAACAAAGCAAGAUAAAGAUAUUCAGUUAUGCCAAUCUGAAAUUGAUACAUUAAAUCGGACAUCAGAAAAUAUCAGAGAACAACAGAAAAAAAUUGUAUUGCAAUUAAAAGAGAGUGAAGCUAAGCUAAUAGAUAAAGUGAAACAAAAUCAGUUAUGUCAAUCUGAACUUAAUAAGUUAAGUCCCACAUCUUGCAUCCCAUUUGGAGAUUCAGAUGUUCAUCAACUUAAUGUUUCUGGAGUUGGUUUCUUCGAUGUUUUAUGCGAUAGUCAGUUAGCUGGACCUGGAUGGAUUGUUAUACAACAGCGAGUUGGUGGAAAGGAGAGAUUCAAUAGGGAUUGGGCCACCUACCGCGAAGGCUUCGGUUCCAUGGACAGUGAUUUUUUCCUCGGUUUGGAGAAGAUUUUUCGUCUGACGAAUUCUCGACGCCACGAGCUUUAUGUGCAUUUGGUGGAACUUAAUGGCACUAUAUACUAUGCUCGUUACGACGACUUUAAAAUAUCCGAUGAAAAUAAUGGAUACACACUGAGUUUGGGUGGAUUUAUGGGAAAUGUUUCUGAUGCGAUGAGAAACAGUGAAAAUCUAAAAUUCACAACAUUCGAUCGUGGCGACGAUAAAAGAUGCGCGGAUCAUUACAAAAGUGGCUGGUGGUACAAGAGCUGUUAUAAUUGUAACUUAAAUGCUGUCUAUGGAACAAACUUUAAUUGGUAUUUGGACGUCAAAAUUGAACUUAAAGAGGCUAAGAUGCUCAUUCGAUCCAAGGAAUAAAAGAAUAAGUAAAAAAAAGAAAUUUG